AUGGCCGAUGUCAGCCCUGUCGCGGAGCUGUUGGGGCAAGCUUUCUACCACUUCGACCGCAUGAGGCCACUUUUGCCAACAUAUGGACACCUACUCGUUUCCGCUCUUUUUCCAAUUUGGAUAGGUGCCCAUGCAUCUUUGACGCGGCCCUCAUCUGCCGCAAAGCCUCCCAAGAAAGACGACCAGCAGGUUAAGGAUGAAUGCGACACAGAUGAAGAAGAAGAGGGAUAUGGACCCUUACAGAAGAUGGAAGGACUUGAACCUUCAGAUGCUCUGAUGUUCCCGUUGACUGCAGGUCUCACACUCGGUGGACUAUAUUUGGUCAUCAAAUGGUUGGAAGACCCAGCUAUCUUGAACAAGAUCCUCAGCUUCUACUUCUCCCAAAUGGGCCUCUUUUUUGCGUUUGCUUUCAUCAAGGACGUGCUUUUGAUGAUUCGGUCUUUCAUCUUUCCUAGGUAUUACCGUGAAGGUGGGAACUUGUGGAAAGUCAUACGCUUUGAGCGUCGUUUUAUUGCCUCUGAUAAGAGCAAUCCGACCAAGCCAUCCUCCGUUCGGAAUUCACCAUUACCUGGGGCUUGGGGCCGAAUUCCACUUCCGGUAAUGAUAUCAGGGCUGCUUUGGACAUUCAGAAAUGCUCUAUACCAGCGGCUCAAGGUACGAGCUCACGUGCGUGGUUUGUUUGACAUCAAAUGCCUCGUUGGUCUCGUCGAUAUUCUCAGUGGGAUCUUCGCCCUCUCUACUGUAGCCUACUUCGCAUUUGUGGCCAAGCCAUGGUGGUUAACCAAUUUUCUUGGUUUCUGUUUCUGCUAUGGCACCCUGCAAUUCAUGUCUCCCUCCACCUUCUGGACGGGAACCCUCAUUCUGGGAUCCUUGUUCUUUUAUGACAUCUAUUUCGUCUUCUUUACGCCACUGAUGGUUACCGUUGCAACUAAACUAGAUGUGCCGAUCAAGCUUCUUUUCCCCCGUCCGCCAAGUCCCCGUGAUGCACCAGGUGCCACGUCACUGGCGAUGCUCGGACUGGGUGACAUCGUUAUUCCAGGAAUGAUGAUUGGAUUGGCACUUCGUUUCGAUCUUUUCCUCUAUUAUCACCGCAAAGGUGCCAACAGGGCAUGGACUGGAGAGUCGGAUCAAAAAAAUCUGAAACCCGAGUAUCAAUCGGCAACUGGCGCUUGGGGAGAAAGGUUCUGGGCCCCAUCCACCGCGCCGCCGUAUGAGGAAGUCAAGCCUCCUUACCACGAUGCUCGGAAAUUCCCAAAGAUAUACUUCAAGGCUAGUCUGGUCGGUUAUGUCGUGGGAAUGGUCACCACCCUUCUCGCAAUGCAAUAUUCGAACCAUGCCCAACCUGCUCUUCUAUAUUUGGUCCCUGGUGUUUUAACAUCGAUUUGGGGCACCGCACUAGCUCGAGGUGAGGUCGCCACAAUGUGGGAAUUUUCUGAUGCCGAGGAGGUAGAAGAGGAAGAGAAGGAGACCGAGAAGGAUGAAUAUAAAAAGGACAAGCCUGUUCAAGGCCAAAAGAGCCUUUUUAUGCGCAUAUUCUCUGGCGAGUAUGCGCGUACGUCAAACAAAGAAGGUGAAACCGACGCCCAGAAGCUCGACGAGGGCAAGGCCGAGGAUUCGGGGUCUGUUUCAAAUUCACGCGAGCAGGGCGAACGUGACACCGAGACAAACAAAGGCAAAAAAGGCGAUGACAGCUUCGACUUGAUCUCCUUUUCCGUUUCAUUUCCUAGCCGACCCAAGAGUGGAAUCAAUGUCCGCUCCAAUGACACCUCCACAAAGGAAGACCAGCAAGAGGUAUCAGGUUCCAGCGACAUUGGCGGGGAUAACGAGCCACCCCUGAAGAGAAGGCGACGGAGUGUGAUGAACAAACAGUAA